AUGGCUGAAAAUUCGCCGCGUGCUGCAAUUCCUAAAGGACCGCAAUCAAAAAUCGAAGAGCAACCUACCGCACCCUCAUUACCGGCAAGAAUCGAUGAUCAACAGCUACAACCGCAGCAACCUGUAGCUAGAAUAGAACUGGAGCCGUCGGAAAGAGAAAUGCAAAAGGGAUCAGACUCGACAAACGAUCAGCGCUUGGUUCCAGAAGAGUACGGCCAUCUCCAGGAGAAGGGAGCUUAG